CCGGUUUGGGCAAAUUUCUGAAAACUCUUAUCUGUUGCUUUCGGUUUCUCCCGGCACAGAGCAGCUUGUAGUGACUCUAUGUAUUUAAAAUGGCUUUCAGUAUAGAGAGAGAGCUUAUAGAAUACGACGAACAGAAACUAUGGCCGGUUGUUUAUCAGAAAAUUCGACAGGAGAGUAUGCUUGCAAAUGCUUCGACGGCGGACGCACGAAAGCCCGAAAACAGAUCUCGAAAUCGCUACAGAGAUGUCAGUCCGUACGAUCACAGUAGAGUAAUGCUAAAAUGCGGUGACAACGAUUAUAUAAAUGCCAGUCUAGUCGAAGCUCCUGAAGCUAACAGAAGUUAUAUCCUCGCUCAGGGUCCACUUGUUCACACAUCAGGCGAUUUCUGGCAAAUGGUUUGGGAGCAAAAUUCAAAAGCCGUCAUAAUGUUAAAUAAAGUCAUAGAGAAAAAUACUAUCAAGUGUCACCAGUAUUGGCCUAAAGGAGCAGCAAGUAGUAGCGAUGAGUUGACAUUUGAUGACAAUCCUUUCCGUGUCGUCAACAUGUCAGAAGUUGAUAACAACUACUACACGGUCAGGACUUUGAAGUUAGUCAAUACAGAGACUGAGGAGUCGCGAGACAUUCUACAUUUCCACUACACGACCUGGCCGGACUUUGGCGUGCCGGAGUCGCCGGGAGAGUUCCUCAGCUUCCUGCGGGCCGUGCGCGAGUCGGGAGCGCUGUCGCGCGACGUCGGUCCUCCCGUGAUCCACUGCAGCGCCGGCAUCGGCCGCUCCGGCACACUCUGCAUCGUCGACACGUGCCUCGUGCUGAUUGAGAAGUCUCGAGAUCCAGAAUCUAUAGAUGUGAAAGAAAUACUGUUGGACAUGAGAAAAUAUCGUAUGGGACUCAUCCAAACCCCGGACCAACUCAGGUUCUCCUAUCUUGCCAUAAUAGAAGGUGGCAAACGCAUACUGCAGGAGACGGCACAUAUCCAGAAUGUAAUGGAUGCAAACAACGUCGAGGAUAAAAACAAGAGAACGGACAGCGAGUCGAGUGCUAGCGAGGACAGCGCUCUCGCGUCAGAGAAUUCGACGGAGGAGAACAAUGUUGCCGGUCAGAGCGAUCACAGCACGAAACCAGCGAUGAAUCCCAGUGAAUCGUAUAGCGGCGACGUGGAGCUGCGGCGGCGCACGCGACAGGAGCAGCAGCGCAGCCUUGCCGAGAAAGUCGAGCAGAUGCGUCGCCGGCAGCAGGACAGCGAGAGGAAGCGGCCGUCGCGCGUCCGACCGCUCGUCGUCGCCGUCGCCGCCGCUGGCGCCGCACUGCUCAUCGCCGGCGGCUUCCUUCUCUACAAGUACUACCAGUAACAUCGCCCCGAGCGCCGGCCGCCAGGUGUCGCCGCCGGGGCGUGUUCGCCCCGCGUCAUCUCCGGUAGGCGGAAUCCGAGGCGCGUCGUCGUGGGCGCGUCGUGCCGUUCUUUCCCGAGGCGGCGGCAGCCCCUGCGUUUCCGACGUCGAGAGGGUCGUUUCCCCUCGCCCCUCCCCUCCCCCCCGAGAGACGGCUGUCACGCUGUUGGCUUCACGCUCCCAGUCUUCUCGCCGCAGCGGCAGCAGCAGCGUCCGGCGCACCCCCGCCGUUUGUCGCCGCGCACGGGCCCGUCGUCGUCAUUGGCGUUUUACUCGACGGAUACAGUUACGGUAGUAGUGCGGCAGGAUCUCGGGCGGCGGUGGCGGCAGUGUAGAUGGGUCACGCGACGCAUGUCGCCGGAGCUGAAGUGUUUCUAGCUCUAUAGCAGUUUUUCAGUGGCCAGUCUGGCGGUUGGUGCGAACCAACGUAAGUGUGGGUUAAAGGGAAGUGACAGUGUUAGGCCACUCGGUUCCUCCUGGUUCUGCUGUAGGCUCUACCGCUUUCGACAGCUCCAUAUUCGUGAUCCACACGGUGUCAGAAUGUCAAAACACGCAGCUGGCAAAUUGAACAGCCCCUAUAUAGUUUUUAAUUGCCGAACUAUCUUUUUCCCAUUUACAAUACGAAACGAUCUCAUAGUUGUAUAAAACAAAGUCCUGUACAGUCCAUAUGAAUGCACCUAGGCACAGAUAUCGUCAACUAUAAUAUCAUUGAUCAGGCUUCUCUUAGAAGAAGCCAGCAUGGCUGACCGUGGCAGGAUACCGCAGCAGGAGGGGUAAAGGGGGUUUAGCCAAGCCUUCGCGCUUGAAAGGGCGACUGUUACUAUAUUUUUAAGUACAUCGAUAGACACAUGGUGCCGUCAUGCGCACUAGGUGUCAUCCUCAUAGGAGAGGCGAGUAAACGACAGGUAGGAUACUUAACAGCAGGCAGUGCACACGUGUGUUUGUCUUGCGUGCCUUUCCUCUCCGUCUCUGCAUUUUCAGAAGCAGUCAGUUGAUUGCCUGUGUUUUCCAGCGUCUAAGGUACAUACUCACAGCAUGUAAUUUCACGAGCACACGAGUAGAACAUGAUAUAUGUACAUCCGUAAUAGUGUAGAAAUAGGAAGCGUGUAGCAAAUUCCUUCUAGUCUUGCAACGGUGAUAGGAAGCAUUGGAAUAGUAGUUGCUGACGCAUUGAAUGAGCGCUGAUGACCUUUUGUUGUUAACAGCACUCGUAUUCCAAUGUCGUCUUAAAUACAUGACAACUUUGAACCUAUAUGCUUGGAAAUCAACACUACAAGUUCCGAUACGUGUGUCACAUAAUGUACAUACAUUAUAAUAUAUUCUCAUCUCUUCUGCACAAUGACAUAUGAAUUCUGUUGUACCUAGACGUGCGGUUAUUGUACUUGCCGUAUCAAUUUGCAUAUAAAUAUGAUUAUUAUCUAUUUUUAUAUACACUCGCAAGUCAAUCAUUGUGCACAAAGUUUCUCAGUUUUUUGCACAUUAGCGUGUUCCGAUAAUAAGUCUUCGAGAUGUCCAUUGAAUGCUGAGUAACGACUUAAGUGUGGUCCUACACAGGUGUGUUCUGUGUGUGCAGUUGUGAGUCUCUUUCUCCUCUUCAAUGUACAGACAGUGGUGGGUGUGAAUCUCUCACUUGUGCUAUGUAAAGUACAAAGUUGGUAAGUGCAUGGUUGGUACGCAUCAUGCUUUUUAGAUUUGUCAGUGUCUUUGAGAACGUGGCAGUGGGCGCGUUCCCUCUCGGCAUGCAUCUCGCUCAGUCACUAGUAUUCGUAAUCUAUUUAUUUGUCGUUGCCGUUUCUUACGUGGGUCUUAUACGCAGCAAAGGCUAAUAAUUACAGAUCGUCUACCAUCUUUUAAAUCAUGUCAGGGUGCUUGCUUGUUUCGUCUGCCAGUACUGCAAUAGAAGUUUUCAACAGAAGAGAAUCCCGUUUGCUAAAACCACUCGUUAAGGGCGAUAAAAAAGCAUAGAUCGCUGUUGCAGUGAUGGAUAAAUUUCUAAAUUCUAAUUCUAAUUCUAAAUUGCGUGCGUCGAUCGGGACGUACUGCUUCUAGCUCGUUACGUCGUGCUCCAGAGUUCGAGAGGUUUGUGAACCGAUUCUCUUGAACAUAGAAUACGCAUAGAGAUUGUAGGUGUGCUUAUGACAUUAAGUGGAAACUGUAUCUGCAGUAGGAACACGAGUAGAAAGGUACGGUCAUGACUUACGUGUUUGACACUUUCGUCUUCUGAAUAAAAUUCGUUUGCUAUCGAGGCAGGCUGGUAGAUAGAAGCUGUGACCGUAUAUUUGUGGACAUGUUACUAAAUUAGCUGUACAUUACCUGACUUCUAGAACCAGGGGCCGUUGUCAGAAACAAAUUAAGUCUUAACAUUAGUCUUAACAGUGUUUCUUGUAGACCGGACCUCAAUACACUGCGUAUGAGAAACUCGUAACUUUACCAUGUUUCUGUCAAUGGUCUAGGAGAAAAAGUUAGUGUUAAGACUAAUGUUUAGAUAAUUUUCUUUCUGACAACGGGCCUCUGGCGUGCAAAAACCCGUCAUUCCGUAUUUAAAAUUCGCUCACGGCUUGCUAAGCGUAGAUAAUCAUGGAGUAUACGUGUAAGACGCCUAGGACGCUUUUCACUGGUUAAUCACAAAUGCAAAUUGCAAAGAUUUCGGUUGUUAUUUGUCGACUUGCACGGUAGCAUGGUAGCCCAGCAAACAGCAGUACUUGAUAUCGGAAGCCACGACGGUAUAGGAGCUACAUUUGCCAGUGUGGCUGUCACUGUAUAACUACAGUCAUACCUGUGUUGGCGGAUAGCUCUAUAGAAUGAGCACAUGGCCACGAUGGAUGCUCUUGGCAUUUUCCCUUCGAGUGGCAGUUAUAUAGUGAAACCACAUCUCUAACAUCUAUACUCAUUUACAAAGGACAUUGUUUGGGGAUUUGACUGUACAAGUGAAGUAACAACAAAAUAAACGCAACUGGUAUCAUAUAUCGAACUAAAAUGUCACGCAAUGCUUCGCUAAAAUUUCAUUGUAAAUCACGAUAUUUGCAUGAAAGCUGUUCUUCGUCUGUGGUCUUAGGUGCUGGGCGCUGGUUUUUUUAAUAGUUAAAAGAAAAUUUAUGUGAUUGUACAUAAACGUCUGUAGAAUAGCCCCCCCCCCCAACGGUUGUUCUGGUCACCUUGGAGACGUUCUCCUUAUGUAUCACGUCAGAGUCGUGUAUUUCGUGAACAUAUAUAUUACCCGAAAGUAUGUGGAAGUGCGCAUGGGACUGGCGUCUGUACAUAUCCUACACUGAUCAGUGGUGUAGUACUAAUGUAACGUAGAAGGCUUGUUAAAAUUCUCCUUGCCAUGCUUGGGAAGUACACGGACGCGUUCAGUGCUCGCACGCAUGUGAAAUAGUGGAACUAACUUUGGUAUUCUGCAUGGUAUUGCGGUCGUUUUUUGAUCAAGCCGAAGCGAUUAUGUGACUGUGUUGGAUCACCGAAUAUGUGGGCCUGCCAGCUUUUAUCGUGUAGUUCCAUUGCUAUAAAAUCUUUAACGUUUAUUUUGGAAGAACACUUCUAGGCACUGAUCGCACGUGUACUGCGCGUGCGCAGUCGCGCCAAAAUAUAUAUGCAGUCUUUGAUCGCAUACACAGGAACAACUGGUUGGUGGUGAUUGCGACUGCUAACCAGCGCCCCCUGCCGGUGCUGUGAGUUACGCCUGCUGUAGUACGCGGAAUUGUGCCAAUUUAUCCGGUUUGUAAACGACUGAGAAACACAUUACACGACCGAAGUAAUGGUUCGGUUUCGACCAUCCAGGGAGAAUACUUCUUCGUAGGAAAUGUUUCGACAAGCCCUGUGCAUUUCAGCUCGUCUGGAUUUAUCGCGAUUACCAGUCACAUAUUUUUUCGUGCCACUUGCUUCGCGUGAUAAAUGUCAGUCUAUGAGCAGUUCGUUUGUCAGAUCGAAUAUUGACAUUUGCGCAUGUUAUUCAGAUGUGAGAGUAUGUAAUGCGUUUAUAGGGUGCCGUUGUUGAACAUUCACAGUGAUUUUAAUGUAGUCUAGCAUGCAUUAAGUUUCAUUAUCUUCUUUAUACCCACGUGUUUUUGUUGUUGCCCUGGCCCAUGCAGGUGUGUUUUCUGAAACACUAUCAUGCAAACACCGUUACUUCAGAUCAGAUACUUACAUUCCAUGCCAGCUGAUUUAGUCCGCUCUGAGAAAAUGAGUCAUAUAUACUUGGUGAGUUUACUUUUAUAGAAGGCAAUUAGGCGCUGCCUGAAACUGAGGCCUUUUCACUAUAACCGCUGCUUAAUCAAUGAAAGUGUUUGUUUUAUCAUCAUCUAUUUGCCAGUUUUACCUGACAAGGCUUCUGUAUUUGUGCCACUCUUAGGUAAACGGUGCCAGUGUGUGUUUUGCCCAUCAAGAUCUUAUCUAUUUUGUUUUUCUUAAAUUGCUAGGCGUUUUUUUUCUUUUUUUUUUCCUAAACGUUUUACCCACAUUACCUUUUACUGGGUAGUAGCCCUAUUGUGAAGUGAAAUAAUAUCUGUUGCCAGCAAGGAACGUAGUGACAUACGUAAUUAUUUUAUUUCCAGUUAACAUAUGGUUAUUUUAUGUAUUGCUAACUAGUUGUUCCAAGUUGUUUUUGCUGAUUCUUGUUUUCUUUUAGAUCUUACUGUAGAUUGACAAGCUUAACAAAUGAGCAGAUGAACAAAUAUGGCGUUAAAUUUGUUACGCUAUGAAAUGUCGCACUGACGUUAUUUCGAUGUGGGUCAUGAUCUACCUUUUUGAUGUGGUCUGGCAUUACUUUGCACGUUGAUUAUUUUGCAUUGCAGUGCAAAAUGGUGUUAUUAUUCUUAUUCUUAUAAGUAGGCAUGCAAUAUUGCCCUCAUAGUUACGGUAAUUUUCAGUGUUCUGUUGCUGUCCAUGCUCAUGUCACUUUGUGCACGAUAACUGUAUUACACUGUUGUGGUUUAGUGAUGCGUACUAAAUCGUGUAACCACCCUGUAUGAUUCAAGUGGGCUAUGUUAUCGUAUACUUAUAGAUAAAUAGUAAUAGCAUAAAUUUACUAUAAAAUAGGCCAAAUAUUUCAUUUUACAGUUUCAAUAUAUUUAAACAAUACAUGAAUUGCAAUACAGCAAACAAAUACCUUUCUUAGAAUUAUAUGGUCCAUGCGGCGUUUUAAAUUCAUGAUUUGGUCUGUGGUAAGUGAAACCUAAAUAGUUGUGGCUAUACCCUAACGGCAGUUCUCUUGUGGCAGGAGCUGUGCCUCAUGCAUUCUAUAUUGUUUACCCUCUGCAACGUUCACCAUUUAAUAUGAAAUGUAUGUAUAUUUUUAUGUAAAAUUAAAGGUGUAUUUAGCAUAAAAAAUUAA